AUGGCCGCUGCAGAAAUACAGUUGAUUUUAUUUUUUAAAUAUCAAGGUGACCAUGCUGUUCUGUGUGUCAGAAUCAAGAACGUAGCAGUAGCUGUGACAAAAGCAGCUAGACUUCACCUGUUUCAAGCACAGGAAUGGCAGAAGCUGCAGAACAGUAUCCAAGAUCACAGCUGUACAGAGAAGUUCUCUAAAGCUCAGCUGACAAUGACUGUGAACCACACAGAGCAAAAUCUGACAGUGUCCCAGAUUCCUUAUCCGGAAACAUGGUAUGUGUUUUAUGUAGACAAGUUUACCUGCGAGGAGAAUUAUUCUGAAUCCGAGGAUAUUCAGUUUGAAAUGGUCUUACUAAACCCAGAUGCAGAAGGGAAUCCAUUAGAUCACUUUAGCGCAGGGGAAUCUGGAUUACAUGAAUUCUUUUUCCUGCUUGUCCUAGCAUACUUCGUAACUGCUUGCAUAUAUGCACAGUCCCUAUGGCAAACAAUUAAGAAGCGUGGACCUAUGCAUACUGUAUUAAAGGUGUUGACAGUUGCAUUGCUGUUGCAGGCUGGUUCAGCUUUUGCCAACUACCUGCAUUUCUCAAGUUACUCUAGAGAUGGAGUGGGAGCACCUUUUAUGGGAAGUCUGGCAGAAUUGUGUGACAUAGUCUCACAGAUACAAAUGCUGUAUUUAUUGUUGAGUCUGUGUAUGGGUUGGACGAUAGGCAGAAUGAAGAAAUCUCAUGGCAGACCUCUUCAGUGGGAUUCCACUCCAACAUCUACUGGCAUUGCUGUGGUAGUUGUUGUGACACAGAGCUUUUUAUUAAUCUGGGAGCAGUUUGAAGAUACGAAUCACCACAGCUACCAUUCACACCAUGGCUUAGCAAGCGGACUGCUUAUUGGCCUCAGAGUUUGCCUAGCUUUGUCACUGGCUGCUGGUCUUCACCAGAUCAUCACAGCAGAGAGAAGCACGCUGAAAAGGGAGUUCUAUAUCACCUUUGCCAAAGCCUGCAUUCUCUGGUUUUUGUGCCACCCAUGUCUUGCAACCAUUUCUGUAAUAUUCAGAGAAUAUCAAAGAGAAAAGAUUAUUACCAUAGGGGUUAUCCUCUGUCAGUGCAUCUCCAUGGUUAUCCUCUACAGACUUUUUCUAUCUCAUAGCCUAUAUUGGGAAGUAUCUUCACUGUCAUCAGUGACAUUGCCACUAACAGUAUCCUCUGGACAUAAAAAUCGACAUCACUUCUGAGAUGUUUAGGAAGAAUACAUUAUUUAAUAAAUGUGCAAUAAUGACCUAAAUACACAAGUAUUUUUGUUACAGGUGUGUGAUACAUUGGUUUCACUGGAAAAGUGAGUGAUAAUAUCGGGGCACUUCACAGACCUUUGGUCUGACAAAGUCCCUAGAUUAAUCUGUUAAAGGUAUUGUGGAGUGGAAAAAUCCAUAAUUUGAAUAAUUAUAUAUUGUUUAUGUGUGGCAUGUGGUGCUGAGCUGUGUCACAGAAAAGUACAAUGAAUCUUUUCUCUCCCAUUCACAGCCACAAAAAAUGUCCUUACUUUAUAUCAAUACUAGGUUUGAAGAUCUUAUAAAAUGCAGUUCUUAAAACAUCCACAAGCUCAAACAAGUCUGAAACAGGCCAGUUGUGAAAUUGGCGUGAUGUGUAACGAUGAGUA